UUCUCUACGGGCGGGAAUUUACCACGUCAUAUAUUUUCUAGAAAAGCCUCGUCGAUUCGUCAGACCGCCACAUAUUUGUAGCUCUUUACUCCUUCCUUGCUCUUUCCUCAGUCCAUUUCAUAGCGAACCUUCGUGCGUGCCAGAAGCGUUGUUGAGAUCUGCAUUUGUUUAUUGUGUUCAAAAUCCUGUGCGUCGUAUCAGACUGAGCGCGGAAGUAGAUAAAAGCAUGGCGUCAAUAUUUUCUAAGAACGGGAUCCUGUCCGGUAGACUAGACCAGUAUUGCCUGAUUUGUGCCGAGCACUUUGCGAGUGGCGAAGACACUCUUGCGCAUAUCAUCGAUUCGAAACAUAAGGAGAAAUUAGAGGCCUGCGGGUACUUCGCAAAAUAUAGCGAAGAUUUCAUUAGAAAGGCUAACGGCGUAUACUUUUGCGAGCCCUGCGGCUUAACUUUCCCUACCGUCAAGAAAGUCGAGUUACACAUAAGCGAACCAACUCAUAUUGAUGAGAAAACUAAAGGCUCUUCGUGGCUUAAUCGAGUACAAAACGAUAUUAUAGCUUUUAACAAGUUUGUAAUAACCGAUGAUGCCUGGAACGGCUGUGUCGAAGACACUUGUAUCCUUUGCAAUGAUGAAUUUGAAGAUAGUGCACCACAUAAAAUAACUAGAAGUCAUGUUUUCAAUUUAAUUAAAAGCAAUGUUGUUUUUGACAAGGAUGAAGCUGCCGUUUAUAGAGUGAUUGACGCUAAGUCGCAUCAAUGUCUCACUUGCAAUACAAUAAUUGGAAACGAUCUAAAAAAUCAUUUCAAUUCAACUGAACAUAAGGCUGCUUAUAAAAUGUACGAGCAUAGCAAACGCGAAACAAAUGAGGUACAAAAAGAAAACAAAAACGCAAAUACACCAAAAAUAUCCCAAAAUGUAAAUGCAACAACUGAAAAAACAGAAUUAAAGAAUAACAAUAAAGUUGUUAAUGGAAAUGUAGCUAAAACUGAAAAAACAGAAUUAAAGGAUACCAAUAAAAUUGUAAAUGGAAAUGCCGCAAAUGUUAAAAAAGUUGAAGAGGUUAAAAAUGUAAAGAAAGAGGUAAAACAAGAUGCAAAGAAACCUGUUGAAACAAAACCUAAUAAACAGGUUGAAAAACCGAAAGAUAAAGUUGCAGAUUUGCCUAAGAAACAGAAAGCAGCUGAACUUGAUAAGAUUUUAUGUAAAAAUUUAGGGGCCAAAAACUACAUUACGUCCGGAGAUGGGGAAAAAUGGUGUCUUCUAUGCGAAUGGCUGUUAGUGGAGUCUCCUGAAAGCCACAUACGAUCUCCACACCACCAGAGUUUAUUGGCAAUGCAUAAAAAAUCCAUAGCAGAAAAAGACUCAAAUAACAACAAUAAUACAUCAAGCAAAGACGAAAAGAUUAAUCUAUUUGAUAACGUAGAUAAAUAUCAAGCGAACGACGUUAACAUCGAUCUUAUAAACGAGACAGCAUUUUGUAAGAAGUGUUCCAAAAAUAUUGAUUUCAAUACUGGUGCUAUUGACAAACACAUUGAUGGGCAUAAGACUGCUAAUGCUAAAACUAAAAAGUCACAGGCGACGCCCCUAGCUUGGGGGAUGAAGUCGAAUGGUACUGAGAAAACUACGUUAUAUACUAAGCCAGUUACGUUCACUGGUAAGGACAAAAGUCCUCGAAAAGUGCCUUCAGAAUCGCAAGUUCAAGAGUUCGCUAAGAAACACGGAUUGAGCCACAAUCGAGCGGACAACAGCUUCUACUGCAAUCCUUGCAGCCGCCGACUAUCCACCAAUCUGAACGACUUACAAAAUCACGUGGCCAGUAAACUCCAUGUAGACAAUAUGGCGAAGAAAUCGUCCAAGAUCGAAGUCCCAGCGCCACCAGUCAAAGUACGCCUUUUGGAAACCGUGAAAUCGUUUUGGUUCACUGAAAAUGAAGAAGAAGGGUGCGUUAUGAUUAUAAACGACAAGUAUUGGAUCAACGCAUUUGGCUUUUUUCUGAUUGCCAAACUUCACGAUAAGAUUAUUUGCCACGGCUGCCGCAUAGACCUGACUCCAGAGAAUGUCAUGCAGCAUAUUGCCAUGUCUGACUAUCACAAGGAAUUAUUGGAUAAAUGCCUUUUGAUAACUUCGGUGGAAGGUGAAUUUAUAAGAGAGAUAAAGCCAGAUGUUUACCAUUGCGGGUUUUGCAACAUCACGGAAGACGAUUGGGAUGACAUGAUAGACGACCAUUUAACUUCUUACGAACACAAGAAGGAACGGGCCAGCUCCGAAGAAUAUCUCCGAAAACAGUUGACGAAAACAGACCAAAGGUUUCAAAUUACCCAGGCGCAUUUGGACGAGUUGUUUAAGAGAUUUAUGGUAGUCAACAGACAUUAGGCUACUCUUUUUGGUAUAUUUCAGUAACUAAGUACUGUGAAAACUUUGGCAAAAAAGUCUAACAUCGGCGAAGGGGACUUUCAGAGCAAUUAGCUGAGAGUACUUGUUUUUUUAUGAUGAUUUGCGCUAAGUAUUUCAAAGGUAAUACAUAAAUAAAGAUUUUCGUAAAGAAGACUUUUAGUUGCUGUAAGAAAGUACACAAAGUACGUUUUUUCCUGUAUUUGAAAUUAUAUUUGUGAUUAAAAGAAAAGACUAAAUAUCUUUAGAACUUAGUUUUAUUAAGAGUUGUCAUGUAUAAUUUAUAGCAGAUUUACCAUAGGCAUACCUGCAAAAAAAGUAUGUUAGUCAGCGUAUUGAUUUUUCAGAAUUUUUGUUUUGUUAUUUCCUUGAUACCUAUAUUAUUUUUAAGCAUACAAUGAGGAAUGACCUUCAUAGUAGGUAUAAGCGUCAAUAAUGUAUUAUUUUUCUUUUCAUUAUUCCAUUAAAUAGGUAAAAUAGGUGCCUAUCUAAGGUUGAGUUACACAAUUUAACUAUAACGAUAACCAAACCAUAACCAGCCGUGAAAUGGCCAAUAGUCAAAUCGCCGAUUUAUAACUGAAAAUGGUUCGGUUAUCGUUAUAGUUAAAUGUUGCAACUCGCCGUGUCUUUAAGUUUCUUUAAUUUUAUAUUCUUUGUCACUGAUUCAUGUUAUCAGCGUAGUUUGUAAGUAUUCUUCAGUAAAUAUACUUAAUCGACAUUUCUUAAAA